GCGGCGCUUCAUUAAGCAAAGUAUACCUGAUGACAUGAGAGGAAAGAUUUGGAACAAAAUGGUUGGAAGCCAAGCGAUCAAGGCUAUCUCCUUAUUUGAUUACCAGGCCUGCCUAGCAGAGAUACGCCAACUUCUUGUUGACCUGGGAGUCAGUGAAUAUGGAGGGGCAAACUGUAUUUCAAGAUUGGGACAUAUUGUUGGAUCACUGGCUGAUGGCAACAAGGAAAAUCUAAUAGAUAUCCCCAAUACAGUCAUCAUGACAAGGGAGUGGAAAAGGAAUCUUCAUAAACAGAUCUCAGUUUUUAGACAAAUCAUGUUGGACGUAGACAGAUCUUUCCCCAGCCAUAAGAUGUUCAUAGAGGGGACAGGUGAAGGAAAAGAAGGAAGAGCCACACUCUUUAGAGUUGUGGCAGUCUAUGCAAUGUAUAAUCCCCAAGUGUCAUAUUGCCAAGUUAUUUUCACAGGCAUGUCCUACAAUGCAGGAAUGCUUCUCAUGAACAUGAGCGAGGAGGAUUCCUUUUGGUGUUUGGUGUCCAUGUUUGAGAGACCAAAGUACUUAGCUGGCUAUUUCAAUGAUUCACUUGGCAAGAUACAAAGACAUGCAUCAGUUUUUGAAAAACUAAUGCAACAGAGACGUCCCAAGCUAUACAAACACCUGGAGGUGCAAGGUGUGUCACCACUCAUGUACCUGACCCCAUGGUUUAUGGCCCUAUUUACAUCUCUUCCAUGCUGGGAUGCUGUGCUCACCAUUUGGGAUUUACUUCUCUCAGAAGGCCUGUCUAUUACCUUCCAAGUUGCCCUUGCACUUCUGGAUAUUUUAUCAGGGUCCAUCAUUUAUACUCCUAGCUGGAGAGAGGCAUUGAGGCAUUGCCUAAUGGCACAAUGCAUUGAGGCAUUGCCUAACAGCACAAUGCAUUGA